GGAUGCCAGGUGCAGGUUGGGGCGCCGCCUGGGUUGGGUCUCGUCUGAGUUGGAGCUGUGCCGAAAUUGCGCCGAUGUCGGACCUGGUUCGGUUCAUGGCCGGGGCCGGCCAAGGCAGAUUCCAAUGCCAAGCGUAAUUUUGACAUCAUGGGUAAUCUCACAUCGUUGCCGACAUCUUGAACACGCCUGUCGCCCAUCUUCAGAUAGCCCCUUGCGGAGACGGAAGCUCAUUUGUCUGUUCAUCGUUGCCAGAAUCGACAGCGAUGUUCGGAUCGGCAUCCAACUUUGGUGCCCAUCCCAAUUAGAAGAGAAGCCUCUUCGGCACAAGCGUUGGGCCAGACACGCCGCAGGAACCAGGCAGCGAUGAGUUUCAUUGGCGGCCGCGGCGGAUCUUUCAUGGCAGCAGGCCCGCGCGGUGGCUUCGCUGCGGGUUCCCGCGGGGCCCUCGUCGGCGGCGGCCUGGGCGGCGGCGCGCUCAUGGGCAGCGGGGUCUACCCCGGGGUGGGCUACACUGGCGCGGGCGGCUACGCUGGUGGUGGAGAUGCGUGCUGCGGAGGCGUGGGCUGCGGCAACAGCUGCGGCGCGGACGGGUGCGGAGUGGGCGUGGCGCCGGCGUGCGGUGACGCGUGCUGCGGGGUCGCGGGCGCCAGCUGCGGGGGCAUCGCGGGAACGACGAUGUCGUACGUGGGCAUGGGCGGCGAUUACAUCGCCACGACCACUUACCAGUACGUGGGCCAGGGCGCUGGCACCUUCGCUGUGGUGCCGAUUCCUGCGGCUGGGUGCAGCCCAUGGUGGCUUUGCUGCUUCCUGCCGCUGCUGUUCGUCCCCUUCCUCUUCCUCGCGGGGACCACCACCACCACCACCACCACGACCCCUCCCAUCGUCACCCUGCCGCCUCGACCUCCGGAUGUCGUGACCACGCCGCCGCCGAAGGAGUGUUGCAUCGACAUGUGCAAUUGUGCCCGCGAUGGGACGCAGUGCGACGAUGAUUGUGGCUCCGACAAGUGUACCGAUUUCGACGACUGUGAUGAGAAGGGCAUCUGCAUCACGGGCACUCCCGAAUGCGAGAACCCCACGCCGGCGCCGCCGCCGCAGGGGCCCCAGAGGCACUGCAGGAUUUUCGGUGACCCGCACGUGGUGACGUUUGACGGGCAGUCGGCAAGCUUCUACUCCCAGGGCGAGUACUGGACUGUGAAGAGCGACACCGUCUGGAUGCAGGGCCGCUACAUGCCGACACCAGUGACCAACGGCCUCUCGGUAAUGAAGGAGAUCGCGAUCGGCGGCCCCUUCCUGGAGGGCAAGGACGGCACGAAGAACGUCCUCCGCAUCUCCUCCCUUCGGGCGACCUUCAACGACAUCCCCAUCAUCGCCGGCUUUCCGGACGCCUGGGAGAAUCAGGAUCCGAUGAUCAAGGUUGUCACCGACGGCAGCGGGCAGGUGAUGCAGUCGAGCCGCAAUGGCAAGGACCUGCACGUCGUGCACGUGGACUUGCCGCUCAACAUCCACCUGGAGAUCAACCGCUGGAACGAGCCAGGCGAGGGCGAUUACAUCAACACGAUGAUCACCAUGAGCGCGCAGCCCAACCAGGACGGCCACUGUGGAAAUUUCAACGGUGUGCUUGACGACGACACCAGGCCGGCGAUCCGCGCCCGCAUCGGCACCACCGGCGUCCCGCAAGCAGAACUUCUCUUCCACACCAAGACCCCCGUGACGCCCGCGAAUCGGCCCGACCUCAACAACUGCGCGUCCGACAAGACUGAGAGGGCCAAGGAGCUUUGCACGAAGAAGUCCAAGACCGGCAUUCCCAACAAAGAUUGCAUGAUCGACGUGUGCUUCGGAGGAGAGCACUUCGCAGACAUGACCGACUACGACGAGUGAGUGCCGUCGCUUAACGCCACCGGCCAGCCAUGUUGUUCUGCCGCAUCCCGUGAGGAUAUCGGAUGACAGCCGUUACUGGCAGGAAGUAGUUCGGGGCAACGGUUCCAAUCGUGUCUAGUUUUCCGCCUACCUUACCCGAGUUUGCUCCGGCACGUCUGGCGCUCUUGACAAAGAUGCCUGAGCGCUGCUGAGCUGGAGUGCAAUCGUAGGACGGGUCGGGCGCAAUACCGAUCGAUGUUUGGCAAGCCACUUCGAGAAGGACGUGUCUGGGCAUAUCCACAUCGUAUGUGCAUUUGUUCUGCGCGUUUGCGAGGCAGGAGGGGGCGGGG